UUAAAAAAAAAAAAUGUUUAACUGUAGUAUCUUUUUUAUUGUUUUAUUGUAGCGUUUUUACAUUCAUUUUCUGUUAACAUGAUUUAACAUAUGAAUAUCAAUAGUACAAAAUCCCUGUAAGUCCAUAAGGGCAGUUAUUGAUAAUACAAUAUAUGCAUAUAUUUUUCAUUUUGUCAUAUAUAUAUAUGCAUCUGCAUUAUUUUAGAAGAGGCAAUUGCCUCACUCAUCUGGAUUUUCAGAUCCACAAAGUUUCCAUUAGAUGGGCUGAUGCAUCCAAUAACCUUUCCGCGUCCCAGCUCUUUCCCCCGCGGUGAUCCCGUUUUGACACCGAGACAAAAACAAAAAAGCAGUAUGAAUGGUGAAGGAGCGAGCAGGCAGGGAGAAAGCAAGAGGAGGCGGUUAGUCUUUGUAGUCGAUGAGGAAUGCGGAAACGCUCCUGCUCUGUGUCAAACUGCUCUGAAGGGGGUCAAGGCACAUUCAGCCAGCGUGGGAAAGCGAGGAGCAGACCGAGCACACACACACGCUGCAUAUUCCUGCAUAGAUGGGAAAAACAUAAAGGGGGAAGGACGGCCAAAGCAGAUCGAUGAAAAUCAGUCCCUUUUUUAUCCACCCCGCUUUCUUGAGGGACUGAUCAGACGAUCUUUCACUUGAUUUGCUGUUGCAGUGGUGUGGUACUGCUCGGAGAUGGGGCUUAGCGCGUGCACCAUCCGACUACCUGUGUGGCCCGUCGCGAGGACACUGCACGAGCUGUGAUGCGUGUGGAGACGCUGGGAAACUUACUGAAGUUUAUGAAUGACGCGACUCUCCGGGCGGAAUAUAACAAACGGGGCAGUGCACGUGCCAGCGCCGCUCUCCCAAUAAUGCCUUUGUGAAAUAUCCGCGCGCUCGUCACGUUUCGGGAUUCCCCGCAGUACCUCGCCGUGAGAAAAAAUGGACAAAGAGAGCUCGACCCAACAAUAUGAGCCGGUGGCUGAGAUCGGCGAAGGUGCAUAUGGAAAGGUGUACAAAGCACGGGAUUUGAAGAACGGGGGCCGCUUUGUAGCCCUAAAAAGAGUUCGGGUGCAGACCGAGGAAGAGGGAAUGCCGCUGUCAACCAUCCGCGAGGUGGCGGUGCUGAGGCAGCUGGAGUCCUUUGAGCAUCCCAAUGUGGUCAGGUUGUUUGACGUAUGCACAGUUUCCAGGACUGACCGGGAAACCAAACUAACUUUGGUCUUUGAGCACGUGGACCAAGAUUUAACCACAUAUUUGGAGAAAGCACCUGAUCCAGGAGUGCCACCUGAAACCAUAAAGGAUAUGAUGUACCAGCUGCUGCAGGGUCUGGAUUUCCUCCACUCUCACCGUGUGGUUCAUCGAGAUCUUAAGCCCCAAAACAUUCUAGUCACCAGUGGAGGACAGAUCAAACUGGCUGAUUUUGGUCUGGCGCGGAUCUACAGCUUUCAGAUGGCUCUUACUUCCGUGGUGGUGACAUUAUGGUAUCGUGCUCCUGAGGUGCUGCUUCAGUCCAGCUAUGCUACUCCUGUGGACCUGUGGAGUGUCGGCUGCAUCUUUGCUGAGAUGUUCAGACGGCGCCCUCUUUUCCGUGGGAACUCUGAUGUUGACCAGUUAGGCAAGAUUUUUGAUGUGGUGGGGGUCCCUUCUCCAGAGGACUGGCCACAGGAGGUGGGCUUGCCACAGAGUGCCUUUUCCCCUCGCCCUCCCCAGCCCAUAGAGGACCUGGUUCCUGACAUGGAUGAGCUGGGCAAAUCACUUUUACUUCGUUUCCUGUCAUUUAACCCCUCCAGAAGGAUAUCAGCUUACGAUGCACUGUCUCACCCAUACUUCCAGAGUCUUGACAGCACCAGCAAGAGCCUGUACGCCCAGCCCUUCCCCAGCAAAAAGCCCUCCCUGGAGGAGAGAGCUGCUUGAAAGGACGUGGUUUCCCACUGUAGACAAAGACCCCCUAUGAACUAGUCUUCCAUAGCAUAACAUUACAUUGCUGCUUUUAAAAAUAUCACCGCAACCAUUGGUCGAUCGUGUUUUGUCUUUGCCCUCACUACUGCCAGCUAAUACGGAUCAACAAUAUGCUGCCUGGAAUUACGUGUUUAACAAUAUCAGAAGCUGCUCUCGUCUCCCACCCACCUUCCUCAAAGGAAGUUUGUCUGCUCAGAGGAAAAUGUGCUUCUCGAAUCUGAAGCUGCAUCAUGACACUGCCAGGGAUCGUCCGUCUGUUUGCAUAAAUGCAAUGUAAAGGUCUAAACUGAGUCUUAGCCGCACAUCACUGCCAUAAAACAGCAAGGUCUUACGUGGGACCGUGUCCGUCUCACAUGGAUUAAGCAAAAGCAAAACCACAACUACUGCAAAUUCAGGCCCGUUGAACGGAACCUCUUAUUUUACACAUUAAGAUAUAAUCGCUGAUUACCUUUUUUUUUUUUUUUUUUUGGAGCUCUCACUUCCAAAGUCCUCUCAGCCACAGGCCAGGAGGAUUUUUUUGUAUUGUUUUCCAUCACGUUGUUACUUCGCAGUUCAAGCAGGAGAGUGUGGACACAUCUCCUCGUGUGACUUUUUUGGAUGACUGCAUAACCACAGACACUCUAGUGCUCUAUUUAAUAUGGCAUUUCAUCACAAGCAUCCUGGUGUCAUUUGAAUCGUCCAGGACAGAGCUACCAAACGCUUUGAAGCACUAUUUAACACCAUAUUUCCUUGAUAUUAUAAUGUACUUGUAUUUUUUUCCUUCAGUAUAAAUUCCACAUCCUGUUCACUUAUUUUAUUAUGUCAGUGUUGAUUGUUGACAUUUUUUUUUUUUUUGGCAUGUUAUGUCUUAAUUUUAGUGAACUUGAAGGUGUAGGUUGUUGUAGAAAACUCGUUGAUACGUAUACCAAACAGUCUGCACCCUGUCGUCAGGGAUUUAGUGCCGCAACGUAGUCGAAGGAUGACCCACGCCGGGUUGCAUGUUGAAUUUAGGGUUGAUUUAGAGCAGAAACAAGCAGAGAUGGAUAACAGAAAUACAUGUAUGAAAGCGUUAGCGCGUAGUUAUGAAAGUCUAGUAAAAGUAGCUAUAGAGUUGGCGAGUGUUAAGUUCAAGGUCAGGUUGCGAGAUUCGUUCGAGGCUCGGAGAGUAAUGUACUAUCCCAUGUAUAACUCAUUGAUUAAGUCCAGGUUCUUUUCUUUAUACGCAAUGCUACAUCCUUCCAUUUCCAGUUUCACUUAAUUGUCUGGAUAGAUCAUCACAAAACGUGCACAAAGUCCGCUAGAUGGGUCGCUUUCAGUGCCUUCGUGUUUAGCGUGUGACGAACAAGUGGAGGGAAGGAAGGACGCUGCUGUGGAAUUUAGCAUUUAGCCUGGUGAUUCCAGGUGAAGCUGUUUGAUGAGGGAUGAGGAGCUAUAGGCAGGCACUGUUGUACUACAAAACAUUCACACAGUUAAAGGGCUAGUUCACCCAAAAAUGAAGAUUCUGUCAUCAUUUACUCACCCUCUUGUUGCUCCAAACCUUCUUGUGGAACACAAAAGAAGAUAUUUUGAGGAAUGUUGGCAGCCAACCAGGUUUGGUUAGCAUUGACUUGCAUUGUAUGGACAAAAACAAACACUGAGACUCUUUUUUGUGUUCUGCAGAAGUCAGGUCAUGCAGGUUUGAACGACAUGAGGGUGAGAAAAUUAUGAAAGAAUGUUCAUUUUUGGGUGAACUAUUCCUUUAAGCACUGAUGCUUGAUUCAUUCUCUCAGGAUCAGUAAACUCAUUCUGUCACAUUCCAUGCUCAGGUCUAUUUAUGACUAGUUUUAGAUUCAACAAGGGUUCAGGUUUUAGCUUAACUGUUAAUCUCACAGUAAUCCUUAUCAAUUAUGGUCUCAGAGCUAUCCGGAUAAAAUAGUUUUGGGUUAUUUAUAUCGUUCACUUACAUUUCCAUAAAUUUGAACGGAUAAUGAAACAUACAGCAUUUCAGCAUUUAUUAUUAUUUUUUAUUUAUAUAAUAAUAUUAUUAAUAAUAAUAAUAUUAAUAUUAUAUUUUAUGUUUUAGUUCACUGUUGUGCGGCAACUUUUGUACUGUUAACAUGUUUGAUUUCACAAAUAUUCUGUGAUCAGCUAGUCGUUGUCUCAAUGCAUCAAUCUGACAAAUUUCAGUUUGCGAUUGGUGUAUAACGCCACCAUUUUUAAAAUCUCCACUGAACUGACGUUACGCUGGCACAGCUUUACCCUCCUCGAGAUAAGUCUGUGAUCGGAUUUGGUGAUUUCAGAGGGCAUUAGAUAUCAAAUAAUGUAAACCAAUGUAACUGUAUGCCUUUAUGUUUGUGGGUCUUGUAUAGAACUAAUCCGUUUUUUGAGCUUGGUUAGUCUGGUGAAUAAUUCAUAGUGUUUUUUAACAUUAUAAAUGUAUUAAAUGUUAGGCUUUCGAAUGUACGACCCAUUCUUGUUAGUGAUGGAAUUUGAAUUUUAGCAUGACGUCAUGCUGAAAAAAAUAGCACCUUUGAUAUUUGCCCAUCUCAGUGCUUUUUCCCAUGAUAUGUUUUUUUUUUUUUUUUUAGUGAAUCUGUUGUUGAUUUCUUAAACUUUUUGUUGUUUGAAAUGAUUUGCUUUAGUGUUAGUCAUUUUCAAAAUCUAUUUGAUUUGUGUAAUCGGAUAUCAUUUUAAGCAAAUUACGUUACUGCUUGAAAUUGCUGGACAUUGGUACAUAAUUUUUGCUCCCUACAUUUUGUUCUUAUUUAUUGACAUUUCGUCUUUUUUAGUUGGCUGUAAUGCUUCAGAAGGCAUUCUGUCAAUGUAAUACUCAAAUUUGUGAUUGGACAGUGAUGAACUAAUGGUGCUACACCUCAUGUCACUGCAGACUUGAACAACUGUAAUCAAUUAGGCAAACUUGUUCUCAAGAAGACAGUAACAAUAAAAGUGUCUUUUUAAAUAUUCUAUUAUUAUAUUUUGGUUUCUUUUUAUUGUAUUUUAUUUGUAUUGUAUUUGACCAUUUUUACAUGUUUUCCCAUUAUGACUUAAAUAAUUUAUAAUGUACUCCAGACAGAGAAAACUUUGAAUUUAAAAAUCAUAAAGCUGGAAAUUUCUAUCCAUUAAAUCACAAUAAUGUAAUAUGCUAAAUCAUCCACCAUGAAUACGUAUUCUAAUCAAUGUGCACAAUGUUUUCAUUCUGUUUAGCUGCUGCACAGACACUGUGUAAUGAAAAUCAAUUAUUACCAUUAUAAUACGACUCUUUAAUGUUAUUGUAUCAGCAGCUUAAUUAUUAUAUUUUAUUCAUUGAUAAUCAAGUGUUAUAUCACUUUAGACUGCAUCAAAUGUAUUUGGUUCAUUCUACUUAUUCUUUAAAAAAAAUAUGUAAACUGAGUGGAAUGAUUUCUAUGAUGUAUCUCUAUUUUAUAAUCAUAUGUAUAUCUUUUAAUUUCUUAUUUGUUGCUCUUUGUUUUAUGGAUUUGUGUUAUCAUUUAAAAAAAGUAAUUAUUUUAGCCAUCUUUUAACUGUGCACAUUGAUUAGAAGUGGGAAGAGUUGGUCAGGGUUUUCUUUUUUCCCACAUUGGCUGGAGAGUGAUGUUUUGUUUUGUUUUGUUUUGUUUUUGUAAGCACCUAAUCUGUGGUGUACAUUUUUAAUUGUUAUUUGGAAUUUUAUGUUGUAAGAUGUGGGGACGGAAAAAUGUGUACAUGAAAAUAUUUGUAAUUUUUUUUUUUUUUUUUUUUAAAUCAAUGCUUUGAAAGUCUCGUUCAACUGUAUGUAAUUCUACUGCUAAAUAAUUUUGCGUUUUUCUGCUUUAGCAUCUUUUUUUUUUUUUUUUUAAGCAAUGAAAUCGCAUGUGGAUGUACUGUAGAUCACGUGCAUGUGACAUUAAUUUUGUUUAAAAAAAAAAAAAGUUUUGUCUGGUUCAUCUAGUCAUGAUUAGUCCAGUAAUGAUGGUUAAUCAUACAGUAAGUAGAAUGUAUAUUCUUUUUUUGAUGAAAUACUGAAAUUCAGUUUAAAAUUAAUCUCUUUUAAGCUAUGUUUUUUCUGUUAAAACAGCACAUUCAUACAUUUAAAGCAGAUGCUUGGUUGAUAAAUUCAUUUCAUUGAGCUACUAUUGUCAGUAAAGUGCAAAGAGUUGUACGAUUUUUGCAAGAACCAAAUUCAAAUGAGAGUGUUGGUCAUUGUGCCCUUUUAGGACCAUAUUACUUUUUUUUUGUCUGUUUUUUUUCUUUAAGAAAGGGUGAAUGAAAUAUGGUAGUAUUUUGUAUCUUUGUUUUUUUCUGGACUGGUUUUGCUGCUAAUGUUUGUCUUAGGCUCUGGCUCCUAUAUGAGUUUUAAUAAACUGGCCCACCUAAAGAUUCCAAUUUGCUGCCAUUGAGGAAAAAAAGCUGCUUUUGCAUUUGUUUUAUAUCUGUAUCUGCCUGACGUUUUCGUAUUUUUGUAAAAUAAAUAUUCCAGCGU